CGUCCCCGCACUCGCUCCCAGGCUCGGGCUCCCUCGCGCCAGCAUGGCCCUGCUCGUCCACCUCAGGACCGUCUCCGAGCUGCGGGGCAAGGGCGACCGCAUCGCCAAAGUGACUUUCCGAGACGUUCCGGUGGCCGGUGGCCAGCAGCAUCGACAGCAGUGAGAUGCUGGAGAUUCAGAUCUUCAACUACAGCAAAGUCUUCAGCAACAAGCUCAUAGGGACCUUCUGCAUGGUGCUGCAGCAGGUGGUGGAGGAGAGCCACGUGGAAGUGACCGACACACUGAUCGAUGACAACAAUGCCAUCCUCAAGACCAGCCUGUGUGUGGAGGUCCGGUACCAGGCCGCGGAUGGCACCAUGGGCUCCUGGGACGACGGGGACUUCCUGGGGGACGAGUCCCUCCCAGGGGAAGAGAAGGACAGCCAGGAGACGGACGGGCUACUCCCAGGCUCCCGCCCCAGCUCCCGGCCGCCGGGAGAAAAGAGCUUCCGGAGGGACCACAGACUUGCUGCAGGGACAUCACAAAGGGACAGUCCCCCACCCCUUUUCCUCAUCCUCUUUGACUUCAAGGCCCCCGUCCUGGGUGUGGAAGGCAACGUCAAGCCGCAGGAAGAGCCCCUGUGUGAUGAGCCAGCAGUGCUGGAGAUGGAGGACCUUGACCGCCUGGCCAUUCGGCUGGGGGACGGGCUGGACCCCGACUCUGUGUCUCUAGCCUCUGUCACGGCUCUCACUACCAAUGUCUCCAACAAGCGGUCUAAACCAGACAUCAAGAUGGAGCCGAGUGCUGGGAGGCCCAUGGAUUACCAGGUCAGUAUCACCGUGAUCGAGGCUCGGCAGCUGGUGGGCUUGAACAUGGACCCCGUGGUGUGCGUGGAGGUGGGCGACGACAAGAAGUACACGUCCAUGAAGGAGUCCACUAACUGCCCCUACUAUAACGAGGACCAUGCUCGGCACAUUCAAGGGCUCACCUUGCAGUAA